AUGCCUUUCACCACCCGCCGUCGUCGUGUCGCUCCCACUACCGCCCCCGCGACUACCACCCGUCGCCGCGGCCUCUUCUCCCGCCGUCGCCGCGCUGCGACGCCCACCACAACCUCCACCCGCCACCACGCCCGCAAGACUGAGGUCCACCACCACCACCAUCACCACCACAACCACAUUGGCGGUGGUGCGCCCGUCACCCACCACAAGCGUCACACUACCAUGAAGGACAAGAUCAGUGGUGCCAUGCUCAAGCUCAAGGGCAGCCUCACCCACCGUCCCGGCCAGAAGGCUGCUGGUACCCGCCGCAUGCACGGUACGGACGGCCGCGGCGCCCGUCGUCGCCGCUUCAUCUAA